CUGUCAUCUCCCAAGUUCACAUCAUCUGUCAAACAAUUUGCCUCCGAUUCAAAUGUUGGGCUAGUACUUGAGCCUAGGUGGAUACUAUCCACCGCCAUUCUUUCUGGACGCCAUGUCCGUCCCUCUUGACAUGGGCGCCGGACUCGAGACUGCAGCGUAUUUGCGUGUAGCCUCACUUGCAGUUGCGUUUUACGACUUUAUACAGACGCUUCCCUCCGCGUAUCGGUUCUAUAAAGAGCAAUGGGAAGCUCCGCGACUCUUGGUGUCUUCACUGCUGUUUUUCCUCAUCCAGCAGGUUUCGUGCUAAUUCAUGAGCGCUGUUAUUAAUUCUUGCAUUCAGAUUCACCAGUAUCGUCGUGAUCAUCCUCUCAUCUGUUGGAUUUUUCUAUACCCGAUUCACAGACGCGUCGUGCGCCCGUUUUUACGCCCUGCCUUCGAUUUUUAAAGUCCUCCAGGCCAUGGUCUCCCAAGCAAUUCUGGGAAUCCGUGCUUACAAUCUUUCACGACGAUCGAGAAAGAUACUGUAUACCCUUCUCUUUCUUUAUCUAAGUGCAUGUGUGCUGCAAUGGAUAUCGACUGUCGCUAAAAGAAUAU